UUAGUUAAGUACCUAGCCAGAUAUUCGUGCUUAGCUCAUGGCGAUCGUGCUCACUACGCGAACCUGUGUAGCCAACCGUGGUUUUGGGGCCCUCUAACUUUGUUAGAGGCCAAGGAAUUGCUUCAGGAUGCGCCAAGCGGAUCUUUUAUUGUUCGUGACAGUGAACAUGAUACUUCUAAGUUCACGUUAACUUUCCGUUGCUCAAACAAUUCUAUCCUUAACAAUCGUAUUGCGCAAACCGGCACUGUAUUCGGGUUUAUUCAGUAUUCUCUAAAAUACAAGCAGGAAAAAGCCCACGAAGACGGUAUCUGGUGCUGCGCUUGGCGCAAACGCGAGUCCGAUGGAAAGGAUCUUAUCAUCACCGGAUGCUUAGACAACACUCUCAAAUUAUGGAAUUGGGAUGGAAAUGCGCUUAAUCUUACGUGCCCAUUGGAGGGUCAUCGCUUGGGUGUUGUUUCUGUCGAUAUUAACAAGGCUGGUACACUAGCAGCAUCUGGAAGUCUCGACAAUCAGAUCAUAUUUUGGGACUUGGAGAGCAACAAACAGGUGAGCGUGCACGAGGGCGCACCGGCGGAGACCUGGUCGGUGGCGUUUUCGCCCGACUCGCGCUUCGUGGCCACCGGCAGCCACUCGGGCUGCGUCCACAUGAUCGGUGUGGAGUCGCACAAAAACGAGAGCUCCAUCGACCUCGACGGCAAAUUCGUCUACUGCCUUGCAUACAGCUCCGACGGGACGCGCUUGGCCGCGGGUUCCAUGAGCGGCAUCGUGAGCAUCGUGGAUUUGCGCUCGGGCGCCAUUUUCCCGCUCGACGGCCACGCCAUGCCCGUGCGCUCGGUCGCCUUCUCGCCCGACGGCCGCCUCCUCGCCUCCACCUCCGACGACAAACAAGUCCGCAUCUACGACGCAAACGACGGACGCCUCGUGGCCUCCAGCCUGAAUGGUCACUCGUCCUGGGUCGUUUCGGCUGCCUUCAGUCCGGACAACCGUCACUUGGCAACCGCUUCCACUGACAAAACUGUCCGUGUCUGGGAUGUACCUUCCAAAAUGGAGGAGCACGUUUUCAAGGAGCAUGAAGAUCAGGUUUGGGCUGUGCGCUACAACAGUGAUGGUUCCCACCUCCUCUCUGUUGGAGGCGACCACAACGUCAUGGUGUAUGCCUGUUCGAAGUAUUCAAAAUAA